UUCUUUGCCACCCUUAUCUCAUCUUCUCUCUUAAUUCCUUAGACAAGAUAAUGUGGGUACUUUUUGCCCGCUCCAGACUAUCUCAUCUACCUACCAAUACUGCACAAACUCAAGAACAAUUCCUCUUAUUACUGCGUUUCAAAUCGUACAAGUAAGUUGAAGUUGAUUUCAGAAGCCUCAAUACUCACCACUACUAAACUCCAUUAAUAACAGGGCAGCUGUAACUAAGUCAUUGAAAGUGUAGAUAUAUUUAUAGGAUUUUUUAUUAGUGUUCAGAGGUCUGUGUGGACUGUACGUGGUUGUUUUGAGCUGGGUUUGAGCUAUUCAUGUUUGUUUUGAGUUGGGUAUGAAUUGUUUAUGAUGAUUCCAAUAGCAAAAGAUCAUGGGUGCCUUGUGCACCUGUGGGGAGGAUUCACUCAUAGAUAUCAUUAUAGGGAACAGGGGAUGGGUCUCUUGCCUCUAGGGGGAUGUCAUCACUUGCACAAUUACCAGACUUCAUUGUUUCUCCAGGCUAACAAAAUGGUGGUUACAAAGGCAGUGAACCAGGCUCAUUCUCCACUGGACUCUUCUUUAUCUUUGCCUCUGCAUAUCCAACCACUUCCUCAGCUGGUUCUCUCCUCACCCAUUUGCUAUGGAUGGAAAAAUGCUAACAAAACUGGUGGAGGUAAAAAUCUCCUUCAAUCUCAAUUUCAAGUAUUACAAAAGUGUUUUUCUCUCAAGGAGAAGAAACCCUUAAAUGCCAACACUGCAAGGGUUGAAAACAGCUCCAUUGCUAUUGAAGAACCCAACUCUGAAGAAAGAGGGAGGAUGAAGGAGGAAAGUGAAACAGAACAUGAAAGGAAUGACAGGAACAGAUUUAUACACAUUCAUGAAGAGUUGACUGAUUUUCAAAUUUUUGAAGGAAUGGACAUGUCCUUAGCAGCAUAUAGAAGAUGCUUGAAAUAUGCAUCGGAAACAAACACCGCAAAUGUAACAGGUGUCAUAAGUAUUCUUACCAAUACAGGUUUGAGCAAGCCUGAGAUUGGGUUUAUUUUAAGCAAAAUUCCCUCUGUGUUGAAAAUUAAACCCAUUGAGCUUUCUAAGAUAUUCAAUGUGCUAUCACAACUAGGCUAUCCAAAGAAAUCACUACCUGGUAUUUGCCUCCAGUUUCCAGGAUUCCUUGAAUAUGAUGCUGAUGAACUCAGCAAGGUUUUUGAGUUCUUGCAAUCAGUUGGGAUGACAAAGGAGGAACUUGUGAAAGUUUUGCACAAUAAGCCACAGGUGUUUAGAUACCCAGCGGAAAAGGUUAGUUUCAGUGUCAACUGCUUGCUUCAGGCUGGUGUCCCAAAUGAUUGCCUUUGUAAGAUUCUAUUGAGAGUGAGUAGGCUGUUCUCCCCUGUGAUACAACAUAACCUCAAGGCCCGUUUGGAAUUUCUAGUGAGAAUUGGCUUAAAACCCGACAUCCUUGGAAAAGCCAUUCUAAGGCGGCCCAAUAUUCUGGGUAUCGACUCGGAGGCCAGUAGCAGUUCUUAUACAUACUUAAAGCAAUAUGUGACUGAUGAUGAUAUUGUAAAAAUAGUAUCACGGUAUCCUGAUGCACUGCUUAUAAAUCCAGUGAGAAUGGGACAAAUAUUUGGAUAUCUUAUUAAACGUGGUGUGAAGCCAAGGAACCUAGGAAAGGUCAUAGCAAGGGGACCUUGCUUGUUGGCACACACAAUAGCAACAAUGGAGUCAAAUAUUGACUACCUAAGGAGUUUAGGAGCAAAAGACGAUAUUAUUAGCAAAGCAAUCACACGGGGUCCUCAGAUUAUUCUUUGCUGUAACUAUGAAAAGAAUCUACAUCCUAAAUUUCGGUUCUUCUACAAAAAGGGAUUCUCGAAACAACAGGUAGCACAAAUGUUUCUAGUUUUCCCCUCUAUGUUUGGUCAGAGCAUUGAAAAAUCCUUGCAGCCAAAAUUCGAUUUUCUUGCUAAUGAAAUGGCAUACACUAUUGAUGAGGUUGCUGGAUUCCCUCAGUACUUUGGUUUCAGUUUGGAGCACCGUAUAAAGCCUCGUUACAGACAAAUAGAAGAAACGGGAAUAUUUUCGAGUCUCUCUGGGAUUUUUGGACCCACAGAGGAGGAUUUUGAGUUAAAAAUGUUGCGACUGCAAAAAAAAAGACGUCUACCAUUCAGAAAAAAUGAGGAUUUCUGAAAUUCCGUGUCUGUGUAAUGACUUAAAUGCUUGUAAUUGGUAUACAAACAUUCAUCUGAAUGUGAAAAUUAAUGCGUUGAAUCUUGUACAGAUGAAUUUGAUGACUAAACAGGCAUCUUGGAGAACACGGGCAAACUUCCAGAAAGGCACAUGGCUGUUUCACUGAGUUCAUUUUCUUUUCUCAUUCUUUUGCAAGGCUUUUAUUUUAAGCAGGAACAUUAUUGGGCAAUUUCUGAGAAUCCUUCUAGGAUAAUGUUGAUACUUCAAACAUCAAUAUAUGUUCAGUACAAAUGUGUUAAAAUCUUUGUUUGUUCCCCAGAAGUUGAUGAUCUUCUGCCCAGCGCACUAUGUUUUCUUCUCUAGAAAUAUAAAACACAGAUUUACAUUGCAAGUGA